AUGAGGUGUUUUCUGAGCGUCUGUACACUGCUGGCGACAGCGGCGUCUGCGCCCGUCCCCCAAGAUGACUCGUACGGGGCUCCGCCGCCGCUGGACGCCGUUGAUGCAGCGGGCCCGGGUCCGCUCGGUCCUCUGGGUGGCCGAGGUCGAGUCGGCCUGGGCCGGGCUAGCUACGGCGGCCGUCUGGGCGGCCCUUUGGGAAGUCCUCUGAGAGGUCCGCUGGGAGGACAGCGAGGCGCUUUCAUCGGAAACCUGGGCAACCCGCCCCAGCUCCGGCCGGACGGUCUGCUGGAUGGGCCGGGCGUGACCUACAGCUUCAGCUGGGUCGUGGACGAGCCCGACUACGGCAACAACUACGGCCACAGUGAGGAGAGCGACGGCAUCGUGACGCAGGGCGAGUACCGCGUGCUGCUGCCCGACAGCCGUACCCAGAUCGUCACGUACGUGGUGGAGGGUGACAGCGGCUACCAGGCGCAGGUCACGUACGAGGCGGCGUCCUCGCCCACCCCUCAAGGCGACUCGUACGGGGCUCCGCCGCCGCUGGACGCCGUCGAUGCAGUGGGUCCGGGUCCGCUCGGCCAUCUGGGUGGCCGAGGUCGACACGGCCUUGGCCGGGCUAGCUACGGCAGCCGUCUGGGUGGUCUUCUGGGAAGCCCUCUGGGAGGCCCGCUGGGAGGACGGCGAAUCAUAUUCAUCGGGAACCUGGGCAACCCGCCCCAGCUUCGACCGGAUGGUCUGCUGGACGGGCCGGGCAUGCCCUACAGCUUCAGCUGGGCCGUGGACGAGCCCGACUACGGCAACAACUACGGCCACAGUGAGGAGAGCGACGGCAUCGUGACGCAGGGCGAGUACCGCGUGCUGCUGCCCGACAGCCGUACCCAGAUCGUCACGUACGUGGUGGAGGGUGACAGCGGCUACCAGGCGCAGGUCACGUACGAGGGCGAAUCGGUGUUCCCGCUGCCGGGCGAACCGGGCGGCCCUGCGGCGCCCGGCUCGGCCGGCCGCCUGCCUGGCCCGCUCGUGCCACUGGCUGCCGACGUCCCUGUCACGCCCAGCUCCAGCUACGGCUACUAG